ACACAUGUACCCUACCCAAAAAAUCUACACUGCGUUCAAACCUACACAAAUGCAAAAUCGCCAACCAACCGAUUCUUUCUCUUUCUCUCCUAUCUCCAUUCCUCCUUCAUUCUCUUACUCGUUCAUUUCUUACCAGUCUUACACGUGUCACCGGGUAUUGCGUUCGUCUUCGCCAAGCAGAGUUUCUACAUAUAUCAGCGAUAUACUCGGCGCUCUCCCCUUCAUAUUCGAGUAAGGUCUCGCGAGUAUCGCACGCGUUCUUCUUUUCCUCAUCGCGGCAGAAACCGAGUGACAAUUUUCCGUUGUUUUUCUCGGAAAAGACAAGCAAUGAAGACGUUCACGGCUCAGUGAAUGAUUAUCGGAGCCGUUCGACGAGGAUCUUGACGAGAAGAAUCGAAGACGCGUUCCCGGUUGAAUAGUUUCGCGAGGGAUGAUGAUACGAUCGAGCCGGCGAGCGUUUUUAAUUACUAGUUACGUAAUUCGAGGUUAGUCGCGCGGAAAACGACGCCAGCUGAAACGGAGCUGUUUGAUGCCGUUCGGGUCCAUUGUCUGAUAGUGCGGUGCUCAAACAGGACUGGUUUCGAGAACGUAGUGUGAUUUUAAUCGUGUGAGCGAAAAUUCGUUGAGGAUUACUUCGAAAACAUUCGAAAACGAGACACACGGCGGACUUUGCUCCACAAUUUCAGCCAGUUCGAACAGCAAUUGCUGUGGUUAGCGUAUUCCGCUUCAAGAACUCCACUUUCUCAAGUUCGACUGUUGUGGAAACGUUCUCCAGGAAACAUGAGCGCCGGAGAAAUGAAGAAUAUGAAGAACAGCGUGAACAACCAGAACAACGCCGUGGGGCCAACGGAGACGACGGCUCUGAGGCAAAAAUUGGAGAGUUUCGAUGAUAUUCUACCGUACGUCGGUGAUUAUGGCAGAUACCAAUGGCUGCUGUUGUUAUCGUUGUUACCUUACGGUGUUACGUACGCUUUCUUGUAUUUCUCCCAAUUCUUCAUCACGAUCAUACCUUCGGAACACUGGUGCAGGAUUGAUGAAUUGAUGAACUCGAAUUUUACUGCGGCAGAUAGAAUUCGAAUAGCAAUUCCGAAGACAGGAGAGUAUCCUUACUACGACCAGUGUAAUCGGAAAGAUUUGAAUUUCGCGGAGCUCCUCAGCAGCGGCACAGACCUGCACUCCAUGGAGUUCCGAACGAACAAAACUGCGCAAUGUACGCGAUGGGAAUACAAUUUCACGCAGAUCCCAUAUGCUAGUGUGGGUGCCGAGCUAGAUUGGGUAUGCGACCGAGGGUACCUCGUAUCGACGGCGCAGGCGAUCUUCUUCUGCGGAUCCAUCGUUGGCGGUUUCUUGAUCGGCUGGAUAGCAGAUCAUAAAGGUCGGAUACCGGCUUUAGUAUUCUGCCUGGGUAUCGCUCUUCUAAGCUCAAUCGCCACCGGCAGCAGCAAUAGCUUUUGGUCUUUCGCUGUGUGCCGAUUCCUCACUGGACUCGCGUUCGACAACUGCAUCAACAUUCCUCUUAUAAUCGUAUUGGAGUACAUGGCGGUCUCCAAACGCACACUGGUGGUAAACGUGGCUUUCGGUAUAUACUUCGCAAUAGCUAGCACCAUUUUACCGUGGAUAGCAUACUACGUAUCUAACUGGAGGUGUUUCACUUACAUCACUGCCAUACCAUUGAUGUCCGUGUUCGUUACACCAUGGAUCCUGCCCGAGAGCGCCCGAUGGUACGUUUCCAACGGAAUGAUGAACAAGGUUGUAAUGAAGCUGCGGAAGAUCGCAAGGAUCAACCGCAUGUAUCCGGAUCCUCGUAUUUAUGAUGUCUUCGUUACCAAUCUGGAGGCUUCAGAGAGAUUGCAAGAGACAGCAACAUUGGUUGAUCUCUUUAAAUCACCUAGGUUGUCAAGGAAUACUAUUCUUCUUGUCCUCUUUUGGAGUUUGACAGUGAUCUCAUUCGACAGCCACGUGUACUCGUUAAAACUCAUUCCAAGCUCGGUUUUUACGUCUUUCUCCGUGGCGUGUUCUACGGAACUUCCGGCUGGUUUGUUACUGACCGCAGUGCUGGAUCGAUGGGGUCGUAGAUUAUGUGGAUUUCUCACGAUGGCGACAACCUGCUUGUUCACUAUCAUCGAACUGCUGCUGCAAUCAAUAACUGCCAAGCUGGCCAUGUCGGUGUUGUCACGGUUCUGUCUAAACAUGGCAGCUAACAUUGGACUUCAAUACGCAGCUGAAUUACUACCAACUCCCGUCAGAUCACAAGGUGUAUCAUUAAUUCAUAUUUUCGGAAUAAUUGCACACUCUAUAGCACCAUACAUCACUGAUACCGCAAAACUUUGGGAGGGACUCCCAAUGCUAAUAAUAAGCAUAGUAUCGUUCCUCGGCGCCAUGUUGGUUUUGUUCCUGCCGGAAACCGUCGGUCAGAAUCUUCCUCAGACGAUCAAGCAGGGCGAAGAAUUCGGAAAAGAUCAACAAUUUUGGUCCUUACCGUGCUAUCAAAAAACUUCCUACGAUAACCAACGACAUUACGGUUCCUGAAUAUUUAUAAUCAUUCAAUUUCCAUUUUUCAUUUCAACGAAAACACGAACUGUAACAACUGUGUUGAAGUAUCACCGUGAUACUUUUAGUACAUCAAGCAUGUUAUUUUGUAUUUCUCUACUUUUAUUAUCUAUUUCUAAGUCUUGUGAUAGAAUCACCGAGAAUACUUAGAAUUAAUGUUCCUACAUAGUUUUUUAAUGUUACGUUUUAUUUUAAGAGUUUUUUCAUCUGUUUUUGUAUUAUGUUACUCGUUCAAAAGUCAGCAGUUGGUUCCGUUAUUUAAAAUGUUAAUAAAAAACGGACUAAUUUCUCGCAUAUUCUUUUUACAAUAUUUCUUACAUUACAACGUUUUAACCAACUGUACUUAAAAAUGUUUCUUUUUAACAGUAUCAUAAUUAUGAUAUAGUUAAUUGUAACAUUAAGGUUAAAACGAUAAUGUAACACUGUAGAAAACAUUGUGAAAUGAGCUCCAACUGCUGGUUUUUUAUCCAUGCUUAAAACCGUGGAUAGUUUGAUUAGGUGAGAAAAGAAUUGUCAACUGUGCCAUCGAAUGACGAUCAGUGUUCGUCGUUGUAUCAAUAACAACGCUAUCAACUGAAAAAUACGUCUUACUUUUAUUUUCGCAUCAACCUCUCGUUUUAUACACGCUUUACAUAUUUCUGUAAACCAUCCAACUUCGAGUCGUGACCUACUUUAGGUUACAAAAGUUUGUUUCUUUUUCAUGAAGGGUUUUCUUCCCUUGCAAUAUGUUAUU